AUGGUGGAAGCACGAUGGUUCUACGGUGCGUACACGCCAACUUUGGAAGAAUAUUUGGAAAAUGCAUGGAUUUCAGUGGGUGGCCAUGCAGCAAUGGUUCAUGCUUGUCUUCUUCUCGGAUCCGACGUUGACAAAGCUUGCCUUCUUGAUAGCUUCAAGACUGGCUGGGAAGUCAUUUACUGGGCUUCUCUCAUUGCCCGUUUGAACGAUGACUUGGGCACAUCGAAGGCUGAGAUUGCGAGAGGAGACGUAGCAAAAUCCAUACAGAGCUACAUGGUGCAGAAGAAUGCAACAGAAGGAGAAGCAAGGGAUCAUAUCAGAAGCUAA